GCGGGCUUAACCUCCCGGAAACGGAAGUUCUGCCCUUUUCCGUCCUCUUCGUUUCUGGCUGUCGGCAGUGCUGUCGGCGCCCUCUCCCCGUGCUCCCCGCCAUGCCUCGGAAAAUUGAGGAAAUCAAAGACUUCCUACUAACAGCUCGACGAAAGGACGCCAAAUCUGUCAAGAUCAAGAAAAAUAAGGAUAAUGUGAAGUUUAAAGUUCGGUGCAGCAGAUACCUUUACACCUUGGUCAUCACAGACAAAGAGAAGGCAGAGAAGCUGAAGCAGUCCCUGCCCCCAGGUUUGGCGGUGAAGGAGCUGAAAUGAACCAGACGCUGUUUGAACUACAUUAAACAUUUUAAAAUUC